AUGGCUGCUGCGGUCGCCAGUCUGGCUACUGUGAUUCAGGUCAACAUCCUUACAGAAGCCGAAUACGGCUGUGAACAUCUGUCUGUCGUAUUAAAAGAUGAUAGUCGUGGCUCCAACUUUAUCGUUUCUUACAUGAAACAAGCUGCAAUGAGAAUGACCAAGAACAAUCGGAAACAUGAUGGUGCAAAUGGUAUCAAAGCAUCAAUGUCGCAGCGCUUGUCAUUGAAGCCAGUUUAUAUUUGUAUCGAUUGCUCGGAGAAGCACACCAAUGGCAACCGAAAAGUGCAUAGCGAAAAGACAGGUCAUCAAUUUUACAUUGACUCUCGCACUGGUGCCCUUUUCUGUCAAUCUUGUCAAGAUUUUAUAUACGAUCAUGAAUUGGAGAAAAUCCGGAUUCGGGCGGCCGGAUUGUGGUCGAAAGACCCGCUUGACCGUGGUCAAGAUGGCUCGCGAGUUACCAGCUCGAUAGAGUCGGCGGUACAAGAUGCCUACUCACAAGCCAAAAAGGCUAACAGCAUCGCUCUAUCGCAGGAUAACCCCUUAUCAAAACCUAGCAGGUACAUUCUUGACGUUCUCAGUCAGUUGAGCAACAAGACGCGGAAACGAAAGGCAAGCGAAAUGUCUAUAGGCGAGAGUAAUGGAACCCGAGACCACACAUUUUUGAAUGGAGUGACUACGAUGGAAGUGCCCGAGGCUGAUGAGACUUAUAUCAAAACUAACGCUACGAAACGGACGUGUCAAAGUGAAGGUGUCCGAGGUCUUUUUAACUUGGGACAGACCUGUUACAUGAAUGUGGUCCUGCAGACGUUGCUACAUGAGCCAUUGCUAAAUGCAUACUUUUUGGGAAACGGGCACAAAUACUACGACUGUCAAGUUGAUGGUUGUGUGUUGUGUGCUAUGAGCAGGGCAUUUGCAGAAUUUAAUGGCUGUGAUAAGAAAGAUGGAUUUACAGCGGAGACUAUGUUAUAUUCGACUUGGAAGAACCAUCCUCCUCUUGCGGGAAACCACCAACAGGACGCCCACGAGUUUUAUCAAUUUCUUGCCGGCGGCCUACACACAGCCUCGUCCGACGAAAACGACCAGUUGAAAUGCAAUUGCUUCUUCUGCAAAGCACUAUUCGGCAAAUUCCAAAGCACACUGACCUGCCCGAUCUGUCGGCAUACCAGUCCGACUGAGCAGCCACUGCUGGAGCUCAGUCUGGACGUGCAAUUGCACUCGAAGAAAAGACAGAUGAAUGGCAAAUUGCACGGGUCGGUGACACCGACAUUAGCAGGUUGUCUGCAGUCAUGGGUGACGCCUGAAGAGUUGAUUAUGGAGGGAUAUCAAUGCCAAGGCUGUCACAGUUAUCCAGACAAGCUGACCAAACAAUUGAGGAUCAAGCAAUUGCCAGCCAUGCUAUGCAUGCAGAUGAAGCGAUUCGAACAAACCGACUCUGAAACACGCAAAAUGCAAGGCAAAAUCGACUUUCCGCUCGAAAUCAACAUGCAGCCCUACACCGUGGCCUCUAACUCAUCCUCUUCGUCCAAAAAGGGAGGCAUAUCACGCAGUGAUAUAUACAUGUACGACCUCGCAUCGGCCAUUGUGCAUGAUGGCGCGGGCCUGAAUGAAGGGCACUACAUUGCGUAUAUACGGCAGGGGGAUCGGUGGUGUUUGUUCAACGAUGACAAGGUCACGUUGGUGUCCGAGGGGGAUGUAUUGAAUGCGGAUGCGUAUUUGUUGUUUUAUACGUUGAGGUCGUUGAGCUUUGGGAAGUAA